UGAGGAACCAAACAACCUCUGAGGAAUUUAUUACCCCUUCUAUCUGGUUCAGCUUGUUGGCUGUAAAAAGCUUGGAAUAAAACCUGUGUCACAGAAUUAAAAGAGAGAUUGCUAAAGAGCUAAACUGAGGAUGAUGGCAUUUUAGAUAAAGCAUGGCCCAAUAUGUCAGAAGAGCAGGACUACACUAUAUUCUUAACUAGACUUCACUAGAUUCUUGUUCUUGAGUCAGAGAAGCUGAUAUCCAGAGUUAAGUAUCUAAGACACAGAACGGCUGCACUGCAGUUUCAGUGUUGCUCGUUUUGAGUACAGCGAGAGAGGGGAGAGCGAGGAGAGAGAGAGAGAGAGAGAGGAGACAGCAAGAGAAGGGAAGCGAUCACUACUGGCCUCCUUUGAAUUGAAAAAGAAGAAAAUCAGAAACUGCUUUCUUCCUCUAUGUGGUACUGAAGGACCUCUCUGGCUUCUUUAACAGAAAAGCAUGCAAGACAGAGUGCUGCUGGACCUUGCGGCCAUUCACAAAGUGUGAUACCUAUUACAAAGCUCUCCUUGAAGCUCAACUCAGUCAGGAAUUAACAGCAGUGGAGCCUGGUCAGGACCAACUAAGCCUGGAGCGCGAACAGGGCCUACGGCAGGUAGGAACAGACACUCUCCCCGGUACAAAGAAUAUUUCACUGACUUCAUCUGAUCAGUGGAACAGGAAUCCCACAGUGCAUGAUUGAAGUGGAAAAAAGAUUCCUGGAAGGACCAAUCAGUGCCAAGGAUCUCUGCUUCCUGCCACCAUCAGACUCCGGUAACAGGUAGGAUGGUGGCUGGGGAGGCUAGUGUGCACAGCUCCCUGGUGGCUUGCUGGCAGCCUAUUCUGCUCCUGAUGCUGGGUACUGUCCUGUCAGGCUCAGCCACAGGCUGCCCAGCUCGCUGUGACUGUAAUGCCCAGGAGCGAUCGGUGCUGUGCCAUCGCAAACGGCUAAUGACCAUACCUGAGGGUAUCCCAACUGAGACGCGCCUUCUGGACCUCAGCAAAAAUCGCAUCAAGACCAUUAACCCAGACGAGUUUGCACCCUUUCCCCACCUGGAGGAACUGGAGCUCAACGAGAAUGUCAUCUCCACCAUCGAGCCUGGGGCCUUCAACAACCUCUACGGCUUGAGGACGUUAGGGCUGCGCAGCAACAAGCUGAAGCUCAUUCAACUGGGGGUUUUCACAGGGCUGAGCAACCUCACCCAAUUGGACAUUAGCGAGAACAAAAUUGUCAUACUGCUGGACUAUAUGUUCCAGGACCUUUACAAUCUUAAGGCUCUGGAGGUGGGGGACAAUGACCUAGUGUUCAUCUCCCACCGAGCCUUCAGUGGCCUCACCAGCCUAGAGCAGCUGUCCCUGGAGAAGUGCAACUUGACCUCUAUCCCCACGGAAGCACUCUCCCACCUCCAUGGCCUGAUCGUGCUCCGGCUGAGCCACCUCAAUAUUAACGUGGUCAGGGACUAUUCCUUCAAGCGGCUAUACAGGCUCAAGGUCCUCGAAAUCUCCCACUGGCCGUUCCUGGACACCAUGACCUCCAACUGCCUGUAUGGCCUCAACUUGACCUCCCUCACCAUUACGCAUUGUAACCUUACCACCAUUCCUUACAUGGCUAUCCGCCACUUGGUCUACCUGCGCUUCCUGAAUUUAUCCUUUAAUCCAAUACACACAGUGGAAGGAGACAUGCUCCACGAAUUGCUUAGGCUCCAGGAGUUUCACUUAGUGGGUGGUCAAUUGGCCACUAUAGAGCCUUAUUCCUUCAAGGGGCUGAACUACCUACGGAUCCUCAAUGUCUCAGGCAAUUAUCUCUCCACACUGGAGGAGUCUGCCUUCCAUUCAGUGGGCAACUUGGAGACCCUUAUCCUGGAUAACAAUCCUCUGGCUUGUGAUUGCCGUCUACUGUGGGUCUUCCGUCGCCGCUGGAGGCUCAAUUUCAACCGGCAGCAGCCUACCUGCUCCGCACCAGAGUUUGUCCAGGGCAAAGAGUUUAAGGAUUUCCCAGACAUACUCCUGCCCAAUUAUUUCACCUGCCGUAAAUCCAGAAUCCGGGAACGGAAGCCCCAGCAGGUGUUUGUGGACGAGGGUCACACUGUUCACUUUGUGUGCCGGGCAGAUGGGGAUCCAGUACCCGUGAUAAGGUGGGUGUCCCCUCGCAAGCACCUAAUCUCAGCAAAGACCAACGGGCGUCUGACAGUGUUCCCCGAUGGCACACUAGAGGUGCGUUAUGCCCAGAUACAGGACAAUGGCACCUAUGCUUGCAUCGCCAGCAAUGCGGGAGGCAAUGACACUGUGGUUGCUCAUUUACACGUCCGCAGUUACUCUCCAGAUUGGCCCCACCAGCCCAACAAGACCCUGGCCUUUAUCUCUAAUCAGCCUAAUGAGAAUGGCUCCAAUGGGACACGAGCCACUGUUCCCUUCCCGUUCGACAUCAAGACACUGAUAAUUGCGACCACCAUGGGCUUCAUUUCCUUCCUUGGGGUGGUGUUAUUCUGCCUGGUCCUCCUCUUCCUCUGGAGCAGGGGCAAGGGCAACACCAAGAACAACAUUGAAAUUGAGUAUGUGCCCCGCAAGUCUGACGCCGGCAUAAGCAGCAGCACAGCCGAUGCUCCUCGCAAGUUCAAUAUGAAGAUGAUAUGAUAGGCCAAAGGCAUGGAAGGAAGGAAUGGAAAAAUGUAAAACAACCCCUCCCCAACCGCCUGACUCCCAGGAUGUUAUUCUCAACAAAAAAAGAACAAUCCUAACUUCGAAGCUGGGAUGGCGAUGUUUGUUGUUGGUUUUUUUUUUGCUUUGUUUUGUUCAUUCAAUCCUCCCUGGAUGUUUAAUCAAGACUUAUUACAGAUGGGCUAUCAUGGACCACUUCUUUGAAACCAAACUUUGUGUACUGGAUUCAGACGUGGAUUUUUAUGGAAAAAAAAGGAAAUUAAAAAACAAUUAAAUGAGCCGUUUUAAAAAAGUUUCCUAUCAUUAGCCGGAAUGCGAGAGGCAGAUCUCUCCCUGCAGAGUCUUUAUGCCUUUAUUUAUUUAUUCCAUUUUUUUUAACUAAAAAAAGAUAAUUUGUUUUAUGGAAAUGAUAACUAGGUAGUAUCCUUGAAUAGGGGUUGGUGAACACAUAGCUUCAGUCUUGAAAGUUGAGUCUUUUCUACGUGAACAUUUGUUUUUAACAGAGAAAUAUCUUUUCACCUAUAUUUUCAUUGACAGAAACAGUACUGUGCAGUAGUAGUGAUUUCACAAAGAUUUAGUGGGCUCCAACAAAGGCGGGGAUCCAGUAUCAACACUGUAAAAAUAGAUAUUAUAUACAGUAUAUAAAUAUCUCCCCCUUUCAACACAGAACUGUUUUACAUAAUGUUUUAAGGACUGCUUUUAAACAUUCUCUUAUUUUGUAGAGCUUUGAAUUAUUUAAAAAUGAGAAAUACUUCCAUCGCUAUAACAGUCAAAGACUGUUUCAUUAACUGCAAGCUUGAUUUAAUUAAUCAAAUAAGGUUGUUCACAAAAGAUUCCUUAAAACAGUUAGAGUAUUCAAGUUUUGGUGCGCAGAGCCCAAUAUUUCAUAUUACACACGGACAUAUAAUUUCAGGUAGCCAGCAAUACCUCUAAUACAGUGACCAGUAGUCAGUUUGCGCAGUUUGCAAGACGAAGGGAGAGCUGGAGUCUUUAUUUUAAGCUCUGUUCAGCAAAAGGUCAUGUGUUCACUUACCCACGGAGCAGUAUCAGAUUAAUACUACCUUUUGACCAGGAAUAUUUUCCAAAAAGUGUGACAGAAUAAAAAUGUCUUAACAAAACAUGUAUAGUAUUUCUGUUUGACCCCCAUCCAUGAAAAGAAUCUUACAUUUACUAGAAUUUGAGUCGUGUCCAUAUUAUUAUUUGUUUCUGAAAAUACGGUUGCAAAAAUCUAAGGUGUUUUAAAAUGAUGUUUAUGUACAAACCGGAAUAAAGAGCACACCCACAGUGAGCCUGUAUAAUAUGGGUAGGGGGUCGUGGCAGGCUGUUAGCAUUUUUGGCCCAAGGUGGCUGAAGCAUAAAAGCCAUUAAACAGCUAGUUGCCAUAAUUUGGUAUACCAAAGGCUCACUUUGUCACAUGUGUACUUUACUCUGGUUCUGCCUGCUUUCCUGUGGGAAGCGGCUCCUACUAGACAUGCAAAAAUGAAGGAAUUGGAAACUUUUUUAUGUUAACCCAGGAUUACAAUGAACUUCUUUUAAUUAAAAAAAAAAAAAAAGUAAUUAAUUGUUCUGUGCAAUAAAGGUAAUAUGCAGAUUUCUUUUUUUUUUUUUUUUUUAAAUCAACACAAUUUUCUUGGUGUUAAAUUGUUUGAUGAAAAUAUGGUAUGUUGUAUUAAACAUCUAUGGCGUUUUUUUUUUUUAACUAAUGGUUCAAUUAUUAAUUCAAACAUGGGGAACACUAUUAUUAUUAUUAUUAUUAUUAUUAUUAUUGCAUAUUUUUAAACAUUAACAAAGACAUUUUCAUCAGUGUCCACACAAACCAAUGAAUCUAGACAGUAUCACAAAAUGUAAUAUUUACCCUAGGGUUACAUUUCAAUUAUGGUUUCUAUUGUCUUUAUAACACCUUUCAAAAAGAAUGAAAUUAUGAUUCAAACAAGCGUGUCCGUGACAUUCAUCACACGUCAGGACUGCAAAUCCCAAUAGUAACAUAAAAAUAGUGUGUGCUCUAAAGUGCAGUUUCAUCAUAACUUAAUACAUUAGGGUUGCCAUGUCCGGGAAUCAGCAUCUGUGUCUGACUGGCUUGUACAAAAUUUACAGCCAACACAAAUUAUUACACCAAUGCAAAUGAUUUAAUUGCGCUACUCCGAAGACCCUACCUCACCGCUCAGAGGAGAGGAGCCCCUCUGGUAGUCCAGGAAGCAAGUUAGCCCCCACUCUGGGCAUACUAGCUAUGCUUUGUUGAGCAAGUGAUAUGUCAGCGAGAGAAGCGAAUAUAGAUUUCAACGGCCUUUUUGUUUCUUUUAUGUAAUUAUCAGCUGUUAGUUGAUGCUGGCUUUAGUUGUUGAAGUAGCAGCUCUGAAACAGAAGGCAGACCAGUCACAAAGCUUUUUACCCAUUGUACUUUGUCCUUGUACCCGAGAGCAAGCUGGGGUGGCUGCGUUCAGCUUCCCUCUGUUAAUCAUCAUGGCUCUUGAGCUACAAUAUACAAUUUUAAACCUAAUUACGACACUCAAAACUUUAACAUGUUUUUUAAAGUGUACUUCCACUGCACAGCUGUCUUACAGCAACUAGCACACAGUGUGGAGAUGAAAUAAGUUUUAAACUCUCUACUAUUGUACUGUACAUUACCUAUUAUCAUGCUCUUUAUCUUGUGAAAAUGAAUCUGCGAUGUGUCCUAUGAUACAGGUAGGUCUCUCUUUGUUUGUCAAACCGUUUUACAAGCAAAUUUAGGGUUUUUAUGAUCUCAUUACCCCAUUGCCUACCUGCAUUCAUUAAUUAAAUAAUAUGCUCCCUUUUGUGAAAUAAAAUUUUAGAUACAACUCUGGCACCUUUUUGAAAUGGUAAGGUUUUCAUUGGUUUAAUUAGACUAUAGUUCAUUUAUGUCUUGCAGAAAUGCAGUGAGUUUACAUUUCAGUAUCCUCCAGUACCUUUUGGACACAAAGAACAUUUAGCAAAUCACUGACCGAUUGUAUUUUCAUGCACACAAGUUAUGAUGAUUGAGCAUUACAUAUGCUGUUUGACCGAUUUUUCACACCCUGUGCCCUAUUCAGACAAUAUAUACUGUUGUGUUUUCAAUUAUCAUUGGACUUCAGAGCUUUAUUAAUUAUAACACUCUGAAUUUUAAUUUUCACCUUUCUCACUUGUAUUAACAAAUACAGAAUUAACAGGAUUGUAUAGUACAUUGGUUCAGAGUAGUGUUUCAUUAUAGUUGGAAGUGUACAAGUAGGCUACUGUACCACUAGUAUAAAAACAUAUUUACAUUAAAGACUCUGCAUUUUAUUUCAGAUUCUUGCUGCUCCAGUACGCUUAAAAAGGGUGAGUGUUUUGUGGGGUAUUUAUACUUGUAAGCACUUCUUAUACAGCCAGCUAUAUUGAUUUUAGUAGAAUAACUAUAAAACUGAACAAGCAUGAACAAUCAUGUCCACGGCGCUCUUUGCUGUUUUGUUUAAUGCAUUUUCUGAUUUAUUUUGCCACCUGGUGGCAAGACUAAUGAAAUGCAGUUUACAGCCACAGAGGAAUACAAAAAGAUUUUAGACCACAUACAGAACUGGGCAGAAACGUGGCAAAUUAAAUUAAAUGUCAACAAAUGUAAAGGGGGUUAGCCGGUCACAACAAUAGAUAUAUUAUACCAAAUAGGGGGGAUAAAAAUGAAACAGACCAACCAGGACCAGAGAACACUGUUGAAAUGAAGUGGAGAAGGAGUCACUUUUUCACACAGUGGUGAGGGUGUGGAUGAAGGAGUCACUUCACACAGUGGUGAGGGUGUGGAUGAAGGAGUCACUUCACACAGACAGUAGUGAGGGUGUGGAUGAAGGAGUCACUUCACACAGACAGUGGUGAGGGUGUGGAUGAAGGAG